GCUGAUUGCUCCGAUAAAGAUACCUAUACGUGCCUCGAGGUGGGAACGCACAGUGACUCUCAGUGAUUCGUGAAAUCUGCUAGAAUGAAAUUAUUACUGGUAUUGAUGUUGUGUGGCUUGGCGGCGGCUGCGUCAACCGUUGGGAAGCCGAUAUCCACUGAUUUAGAUGCUGAAACCUCAGUACAAAGCCGUAACUUCCUUGUCAACGCCCUAGUCCGCCAGCUGAUCGAAUACGUCAGACACGUCAUCAACAAUGGCUCCUUGAUCUUCAAAAUCCCCCCACUAGACCCCCUAGUGCUGACUCACUUCCACCUGGAAGUUCCCGCUGGACUUAUCAACCUUGAUAUUGAAUUGAAGAAUAUCCUCGCAACCGGUAUUGGUUCUUUCGUGGUCCACAAAAGCCACCUCAACCUCUCCGACCUGACCUUCGAUUUGGAUAUCUCCGUACCCACCAUCGAUGCCUCUGCUGAACAUUACGACCUCACCGGAGAUUUCUUCACUGCCAUCCCACUUUACGGAAAAGGAGACGCUGUGUUCAAAGCUGACGGCUUCAGGGUCCAGGGUAAACUUUACCUGAAGCAAUCUGAUGACGGCAAAUCAAUCCUCAUUGAUAGAAUCGAAAAUGCAUCAUUCGUUGUGCCAUCUUUCAAAUCGAAAAUCUCCGGUGCAAUUGGCGGUGGUGACAUUGACGGCAUCGUGAACUCCAUGGUCGAAGAUGUGAUCGUAGACUACGUGAACAGGUUCCAAGGCGCCAUCUCCGAGGGCGCGGCUCGUCUCCUCGUAAACGCCGCCAACCCCUUCCUGGACCAGCUCGACACUUGGCGAUACAUCGCCGUAUUGCUGCCUCGUUACAACGACAUGCUUAGAAACUGAUAAACUUCAAAAACGCAUCUUUAAGCCCUCAUGCCUAACUGUCUCUGUCUUUUUCAACGUAAAGCCUUCGAAAAAAGAGGCAUAGAAUGAGGUUUAAUAAUUACCCUUUGUGUCUAUUAUAAUCAUCGAGUUUCAAUCAAAUGAGACCCAGCAAAGUUCUAAAACUAUCCAUACAAACUUGUACAUAUAUAAGAAGAGUUUUUAAUGUAACGUUAUAAAUUGUUUGUUUCAUU